CAUCCAUCACACAUCCCAUAUGCCUCCAGGUGUGCAGCAAAGAUGACCUGGAUAUCUAAGUUAACAACAACCUUCGGGUUAUUCCUAUUAGUAGACGCCUGCUACUCGGCUUACGAACAUUCUGUUCUUCAAACACACCGAACCGCAUCCCUCUCUUCCCUGACGGCAUCACACAACGCCCCAUCCAGCACAUUACCUAUCGAUAUCACCAUCGAAACCAUCGUCGCAACCCUUGUUGUCUGCCUAGGAAUCGUGUUAGGAACCUCAAAUCUACGUCCGAUUCAAUGGCGUGUCUGGGCAGGGAAGAUCGAAAGAGAAGGUGAAGCUGGAUUUGUGAACAGCAGCGGAGAGGUGGAGAAGGACUAUGUCGGAAACCCUUUCCGAUUGCUAGAGAGUCGGCCCGGCUUUGUCAAUAUUCGGAAGCAGAGGAGCGAGUUUGCCGAAUGGGUUAAAAAUAAAUAGACGGAUUUGAGCGGCUGUUAUAGAUCAAAAAGGACGUCAACAUUGCAGCAGGUCCACUGUACUGGCUACGACUGGAGAGAGUUGGAAGUAGAAUUACCUACCCAUGGAUGUACUUAAGGCUACAUGUGCCUACUACGUACAACAUUUGGAGACUUGAAUCGCUACAUCUUCCACACUCCACCUAGAUAGGUAGCUUGAGAAAUAAACGAAUACUAUUCGAUAUUGAAGGCUCGUCAAGUAUAGGUACCUUAGCUGCCUCCGAGGUAUUCCGAGUUAUUAAGUCUUGGGAAGUUA